UUAUAAAGCUACGGGCUGAUAAGCCCCUCCGGAAAACAAAGGAUAAACCUCUCUUUGCUUCACUCUUUCACUCUCUCAGCAUCAAUGGAGGUGAGUGCAGCAAUAUCUCUAUCACGAACUCUCUCUCUACUCUCCCCAAUUUCACUCACUUCUUCAUCUAUUCCAUAUCUUCCACCUCUCUCUCUCUCCCGCCGUUGCCACCUCCGCCAUCGCCGCUACACUCUUAGCCGGAGUUUUUCCCUUCCACCGGCCGUACCAUUCUCCAGUAGUAGUAGUAGUAGUAGUAGAGAAAAUGAAGAUGAAGAAGCGGAGUUGGUGGAAAUUGAAGACUCUGAAUUAGAAGAAGAGUAUGUUGAAGAUGAUGAUAGCAUUGAUGUUGACUCACUGGAACGUGAAGCUGAACUUGUCGUUCGAGAGUUUUCGGAUUCUUUGUCUCGACAAUUGACUAUAGAUGAGGAGAGAUCUAGUCCAAAAGAAGCACAAGUCAAGGAGAAGAGACGUAAUAAUACCUCAAAAAAUAUUCCUGAUCAUCUUCUUCCUAAGGUGGCGAUUGUUGGAAGACCGAACGUUGGUAAAUCAGCACUAUUCAAUCGUCUUGUUGGGGGGAAGAAGGCCAUUGUGGUAGAUGAACCCGGGGUAACAAGGGAUCGCUUGUAUGGUAGAGCAUUUUGGGGAAACUAUGAAUUUGUGGUGGUGGAUACAGGAGGUGUGCUUACCAUUUCGAAAUCACAGGCUGAUUUAAUGGAAGAACUUGCUAUCUCAACUACAAUUGGAAUGGAGGGCAUUCCACUUGCUACCAGGGAGGCUGCUGUUGCUAGAAUGCCUUCAAUGAUUGAGAAACAAGCUACUGUGGCUGUUGAAGAGUCAUCUGUCAUUAUAUUCCUUGUUGAUGGCCAGGCAGGUCUAAAUGCUGCUGAUGUGGAAAUAGCAGAUUGGCUACGCAAGCACUACUCGGACAAAUGUAUUAUUCUUGCUGUAAAUAAGUGUGAAUCUCCACGCAAGGGAAUCUCACAAGCAUCAGAGUUUUGGUCUUUGGGGUUUGAUCCCCUUCCAGUAUCUGCUUUAUCGGGAACUGGAACUGGAGAGCUUCUAGAUCUUGUUUGCUCAGGGAUAAAGAAAGUUGAGGAGCCAGAAUAUCUUGAAGAAGAGAAUUACGUUCCUGCAAUCGCCAUUGUUGGUCGUCCAAAUGUUGGUAAAAGUAGUAUUUUGAAUGCUUUAGUUGGAGAGGACAGAACAAUUGUUAGUCCGGUUAGUGGAACGACUCGUGAUGCUAUUGAUACAGAAUUCACUGGAUCAGAUGGCCAGAAGUUUCGGCUUAUUGAUACUGCUGGAAUAAGAAGAAAGGCUGCAGUGGCUUCAUCAGGUAGCAUACCAGAGGCUUUAUCUGUAAAUCAAGCAUUUCGCGCGAUUCGUCGGUCAGAUGUUGUGGCUCUUGUUAUUGAGGCUAUGGCUUGCAUCACUGAACAGGAUUGCAAAAUUGCAGAAAGGAUAGAGAAAGAAGGGAAGGGUUGCCUCAUUGUUGUGAACAAGUGGGACACGAUCCCUAACAAGAACCAAGAAACUACUGUGUUUUAUGAGGAAGAUGUUAGACGGAAGGUUCGUUCUUUGAGUUGGGCACCUAUUGUGUAUUCAACAGCAAUAGCUGGGCACAGUGUUGAAAAAAUCAUUGUUGCUGCUGCUGCGGUGGAAAAAGAGAGAUCAAGAAGAUUGACUACUGCAAUAUUGAAUCAAGUUGUGCGGGAAGCUGUUGCAUUUAAAGCACCUCCCAGGACUAGAGGUGGGAAGAGAGGACGUGUUUAUUAUAGCACUCAGGCAGCUAUUCGACCACCAACAUUUGUCUUCUUUGUUAACGAUGCAAAGCUCUUUCCAGAGACAUACCGUCGUUACAUGGAAAAGCAACUGAGGACGAGUGCAGGGUUUGCAGGCACACCAAUUCGGCUUUUGUGGCGCAGCAGGAGAAAAAUGGAAAAGAAUGAUGGCAAGGAUGGUCCAACAAAGAUGCAAGAGAACUUCAAAGACAGAGAGAAGAAGUUGGCAGUUCCAGCAUGAACUUAUGGUACUAUUGAGCAAAUGCAGUUAUCUUCUUGAUGUCUUCGAGAAAUUAAACGUCUAUGCAAGAUCAUCAAGCUGUUACUUCGGAGGCUCAUUCUGGAAAAGCUGUCAAGGCUGCCGUUUGAGUUUGAUAACUACCAUCUAUUCUUUAUAGGUAAAGCAAGUGUUGAAGAAAGGAAGUGGCACUCACGUCGAGUGAUUGCUUGAUUUAUGACCUGACCAUCACUGGUGAUAAUAACAUAUGUUUCAGGGCCAAGAGGAAUUGCAUUCAAGCACUUGCAUGUGACCAAAACUUCUGUUAGUUUGUCAACUACAUUACAGAUGGAAUAGAAAGAAACAAGAAAUAUGAGAAACUCUGUUGUAUAUAUUCACGGUAUGGCAGAUCUUGCUCGUACGACAUAUUGUAAUAAUGUCAAAUCAGUUUACAUGUGAAAUAACAUUUAUAUGGUAAUUACAUUAUGAUGUUCCAGCAA